CUAGGGACUUUUUUCUUCCUGUGAAUUUUAGAGCAAAAAGGUCACCCAGCGUCCCCCCACUUCCACUGUGCAGGUAAGGAUGUUGAGAUUCAGGACUGUCAUUUGUCACAUUUGCUCCAGGGGGUUCACAGCUCACUGUGGGGAAGGAGGGCCAGAGGUGCAAGUAGGCAGGAAGGUCUCAGAGAGUGUCACCCCGACCACAGAGUAAUUUUUGAUACCCCAUCAUUAACACUGCAUCCAACUAUAAAGGGAUUUGUUGACAAUAAACACCAACUUAAAAGUGAUUUCCUGCCUUAUUAAUAGGAUCAGUCCGUGCAAUCAACUUGUUCACCAGAGUCUUCUGAAGACAUAACAGAUGAAUUUUUAACUCCAGACCAUGAAUAUUUUUACUCCUCAACUGCUCAAGAAAACUUGGCUCUAGAGACCUCAAGUCCCAUUGAAGAAGACUUUGAAGGAAUACAACAUGCUUGUGCCCGACCUCAAGCCUCUGGUAAUAAGCCCUCAGGGCAGAUUCCUUUGAGAGUCCCUCAUCUUUACUUUCUGUCAGAUCACACAUGUUUAGAGCUGGUAAGGUCCUUAGAAAUAACCUUCCAGGCCUUUCAUUUGACAGAUGAGAAAACUUAGGCUCAGUGAUUUCCCCUGCCCCUCACUAGUCUCAUGACAUCCAUACAUCAUGUUAUUUAUACCUCCCCUUGCAUUCUUAUAGCAUACGUUAUAGCAGUUGCUUCUUCUUCUAUUUUCCCCCUGUAGUCUCUUUCCCUAGAUUUCAGACUUUUUUUUUUUUUUUUUUUUUUUUUGCCGUACGCGGGCUUCUCACUGUUGCGGACUCUCCCCUUGCGGAGCACAGGCUCCGGACGCGCGGGCUCGGCGUCCAUGGCUCACGGGCCCAGCCGCUCCGCGGCACGUGGGAUCUUCCCGGACCGGGGCACGAACCCGUGUCCCCUGCAUCGGCAGGCGGACUCGCAACCACUGUGCCACCAGGGAAGCCCUUCAGGCUCUUUUGUGGCACAUAGCAGGUGUUCAGUUAUCUUUGCUGAGCUGACCUGAGGGAUUGACCUAGGCCACACAGCUAGUUAUUGACACAGUGACAACCAGAACUAGGUUUCCAUGUCCUUCUCUACCCCAAAAGGCAGAGUUUCACCAUCAUUUUCCUUUGGUUGCUUGGCAUCUUAGCAAAGGGUAAAUAAUAGCCAACAGUACAGUCAACGUAACAUCCUUCCCUUGGGAGGCCUUGGGUUCUAUAUAACUUAGCAACUGCUUCCCGUUACAUGGGAAGUUAACCUUGGAUCAGCAGCUGGGGUGUGACACAAGAUAAGAUAUAAGUGAACCACAGGUUCUGAUACAGGCAUUUAAAAAAUUGUGCACUUUCACUCUUUUAAGGUAUAUGCAACCAUCCAUUUUUAAAACCAGGGUUAUCCACCUCCCAAGCCAUGUAGCUCAGUCCAGGGUCGUGUCUCGACAGUCUGAACCUGGGCUGGGUGGGUUUAGGUUCUGACCAUACUCCCUUCCUCCUGCUGCAUACUCCAGCUUCCAUCUCUAACCUGAUUCAGGUCCCCGUCACAGGCACAAGCAUUUUAAGAAGCUGUAAGCUUUUAGAUGAACAGUUAAAUUCUCAGGACAAUAUGUAUUUAAAGUUCCCAAACCUGGGUCUCUGGCCACCCAGCUCUUUCUGUGGAGCCUCUGCCCAUGAUCACUUUCUGUGUGAGCCUGACCUGUACAUGGCCACUUCACUAGUGUUUGGAAGAGAGUUGAGUAGGAUAGAGAAGUUAUGGGGCAGGCAGGUCAGAAAACCAGGGCUAGUUGGAUACAGACAUCUAAAGUACAUGUAGAAGCCUCUGAUUUCUACUCUGUUUCCUCCUUUUAGCCCUUCUCCUCCCCCUUUUUCACUAGGGCUCUGAUAUAUCAAUAUAUCCUCUCCAUACCAGGCAAUACAACAGGGGUAAAAGUUGCAUACAUGCUGGGUUCCAAGCCCAGUUCUGCCACUGAUUUUUUUUCUGCAUUACCUUGGGCAUGUCACUCCACCUGAGGGCCCCACUUUCCCUCCAUGUAAAGUAAAGGAGAAAGUUAGACUCUAAAAUCUCUAAGUUCCCCUCCAGGUCUAAAUUGUGCUUAUUAGGAAUUCUUUUAUGCUUUCCAGGUGUUCACGCUUUCUAGGCAUUUGAAAAGGGGUGGAAAGAAGAAGAACCCCUAUGCUUCUCCACUGGUGGGGUUUCAGAGUAGCUUGGCUUCUGCUGAAGGUGGCACUUUUAUGGUGGGCCUCCCAUUGCCUACCAGACUACCACCCAGACCUAAAGAAUGGCUGGGGGAUCAUGGGCAUUUGACAGCGGGCAGGCUGGUCUGUCUGUCCUCUUCUCUAUAAGUCAGAGCUAUGUAAUGGUGGGAAGGAAAAUGGAUACUGGCCCCUUGUGUCCAGAGGCCUUACUGAGAGUUGGGGAGGAGUGACUUCAGAUGCUUGAGGCCAACGAGAACAGAAGACAGUUGAAUUAGCUCCUUAGUACUCAAGACCCCAUCCCCACUCUUUAAGUGGUGUUUGGUGGCCAAGAGACACCAGUUAAUGUUCUGGGAAUGCCCAGCUAAUGGUCUUUUCUUUUCUUUCUUUCUUUUUUUUUUUAUUUUCAUUUAUUUGUUUAUUUUAUUUAUUUUUGGCUGCACUGGGUCUUUGUUGCUGCACGCAGGCUUUUCUCUAGUUGUGGCGAGCAGGGGCUACUCUUCCUUGCGGUGCGUGGGCUUCUCAUUGCAGUGGCUUCUCUUGUUGCAGAGCACGGGCUCUAGGCGUGUGGGCUUCCGUAGUUGUGGCACGGGGUCUCAGUAGUUGUGGCGCAUGGGCUUAGUUGCUCCGUGGCAUGUGGGGUCUUCCCGGACCAGGGCUCGAACCCGUGUCCCUUGCAUUGGCAGGUGGAUUCUUAACCACUGCGCCACCAGGGAAGCCCUCGUGGUCUUUUCUAUUUGGAAUCUUUAGUGAACAAACAGUUCUUGGUUUCAUCGCCCCCUGGUGUCUGUUGACAGGAACCAGGUCAGUUUGCCUUCCUGAAAAGACAAAACAACAUUUGUCUCCAGAAAUAACUGUGCAGUUAUAACUGAAAGGCCAGUAAAUGGCUUGAUUGUAUUCUGAGAGUCAGAAUAUAGUUCUCCCCUCUGAGCAAGGGAAAUAAACUUUCAGAGCAAAAACCUCUUCUACAGUGCUCACUCCAAACCCAAUUAGGAAGCACUUUGUUUAUGCAGAUUAUUUCUUAUUCUGGACCAGACCAAGGAAGAUUCUAGAGAAUGAAAGUAAUAAUCUGGGUUGGCAAAAAUUCACUAAAAAAAUGCAUGUACUUUAUUCUUUCAGGUGAAGAAAAGUUCCAAAUGAGAAAAAACCUUGGAAAGAAUGCUGAAAUUUUGACCAGGUCUCAAUUCCAACCUAUACGAAGUACUGAAGACGAACAAGAGCAGACAUUAAAGGAGUCACCAAAGGAAAUGAAAGAGAAAGACAUAUCAUUGACAGACAUUCAAGACCUGUCUAGUAUCUCCUAUGAACAAGACGGUUCUUUUAAGGAAGUCUCAUGCAAAACACCCAAAACAAACCACGCACCUAUUAGUGUCAGCACUCCGCUCAGCCCAGGGUCAAUUUCUUCAGCUGCUAGUCAGUAUAAGGACUGUCUUGAAAGUAUCACAUUUCAGGUUAAAACAGGGUCUACCUCCUUCUGGAACAGUCAAGAAUCUAUUCAAACUUUGUCUGAUAAAUUUACAACUGUCCAAGAGAAAGCAAAGAGCCUAGAUUCCCUUCUUACUUCCUCUGAAACUCUUCCUUCAAGACUGACUCAUCUCAAAAGAUUGCCUACAUUUACUGGGGCUGGUUCCUCCAGCAUUGCUAAGGCACCUGACAUAUCAUCCCGUGCCACUCAGAGGAGGAGCCUGCCAAAAGAACUAGUAGAAGCCAUCUCGCAACAUCACAUUGAUGAGCUACCACCACCGUCUCAGGAGCUGCUUGACGAAAUUGAGCACCUGAAGCGGCAGCAGGCCUCAUCCACAGUGUUGGAUGAGAACACAGCAAGUCAUCUGGGCAUCGCUGCAAGUGAUCAAAGGCAUUUAGAAGAACAAGAAACUAACAGUAAUAAAGAAGACAGCAGUAUGCUUUGGACCAAAGAAACUCAGAAUCUAGAAGAGGAUACAGAGAGAGCUCACUCCACGCUUGAUGAGGACCUGGAAAGAUGGCUGCAGCCACCUGAGGACAGCACGGAGCUACAGGGUCUCCCCAAGUGCUCGGCAAGGGAGACAAAUACCAAAGAUCAAGAAGUUGGUGAAGAGAAGAGAAAAGGGGAAGAAAGCAUCAUGCCAGAGAGAAGGAAAUCAGAGAGCUUUUUAGGGACUUCUGAAGAAGGACGCUGACCCCUGUGAACUGAAUCUGCUGGGCUUCCUGGCCAGCCGGCUUCCUGUUGGCCAAUGGGAGACCCCAGCAGAAGAUCAGAUAAUUGGGAUAUUACUUGCCUUACUGCCUACCUCAGCACCUCAUCUCUGUGUGGAAGUGAUGCCCCUCAACAAACACAGCUUCUAUAGCGCAGCCCAUCCUUCCUAGUUCUAGCUCUCACUGGGUUCCGGUAACUGUUCUGCCCCACCUCCCCACCCCCCGCACCCCAGUCCCUUCAGACUUAGGGGUGAUAAUGGCUUCUCACUGCCGCUGGUCGCUGGAUGCUUUGCCAUACCUUGUUUGCUCUCUUAAUUCUGACAACACCUCUGUAAGUAGUCACUUCAUUAAAGGGCCUGGGGGUGCAUUCUGUUUCCUCCGGGACCCUGACUGGCACAAGGCCCAGAGUGUGUGAGCGUUCAGCUAGUAUUGAACUCACCGAGGACAUAAUGCAGGGACUUAGUGAAAUUAGCAUCAUUCCUGUCCAUUGCUAUGACAGGGAGCUGCAGGAUGUUAGGAGUGGAAGCCCAGUAUCUGUGUUUUUAGAAAGAUUAUAUCUCUGUAGAAGAAAACAAUUGAUGGAGAGAAAACAGUCCACCCUAAACUAGAGAGAGUACUAAUGUGACUUCUGAAUGCUCUCACCCUUUGACCCAGAAAGUAAUCAAGUUGUUUUUUCUUCCUCCUAUCAACAAGAGGAACUAAAACCCUGUUUUUGGAAGCGACUGGGUUGGUCCGAACCAUCCAGGUAAUGAGAUGUCAGAUAUUUGUAAGUCAAAGUCCGCUGUUUAUAGACAACAUGAAUAGACUUUAAACAUGUACCAGCAUCUAAAUAAACAUUAAUGACAAAGACUUGAAUUCAGAGUUGCUCAGUUUUAAAAAUGCUAAUGUUUAUAGUUAAUUAAAAUACAAGGGGAAAUUAAUGCCAACUUUGAUUACAUAAUUGGUAGACAGCACAAGAAUGGUUUUGUUUUGUUUGUUUGUUUUUUUUCUUUGGCUGCCUUGGGUCUUUGUUGCUGCACGUGGGCUUUCUCUAGUUGCAGCGAGCGGGGUGCAGCGAGCGGGGCCUACUCUUCAUUGCGGUGAGCGGGCUUCUCAUUGCGGUGGCUUCUCCUGUUGCGGAGCAUGGGCUCUAGGCACGCGGGCUUCAGUAGUUGCAGCACGCGGGCUCAGUAGUUACAGCACACAGGCCCUAGAGUGCGUGGGCUUCAGUAUUUGUGGCACGUGUGCUCAGUAGUUGUGGCACGCGGGCUCAGUAGUUGUGGCUCAUGGACUUAACUGCUCCGCGGCAUGUGGGAUCUUCCCAGACCAGGGAUCAAACCCGUGUUCCCUGCAUUGGCAGGCGGAUUCUUAACCACUGCGCCACCAGGGAGGUCCCACAAGAACGGUUUUAGAUGGAGGGAGUACAGAAGAUGCUGCUCUCUAAAUGCUUUGCAUUUCCACGAUACACUAGCUUAUCAUAUUCUCGCUUGAUUGUAAAGAUCAAAGUUUCUUUCCUUUGAAUUCAGUUGAAUAAAAAGAGGCUGUUGUUUGUGUCUUUAAGAAACAUCACACCAACCCAAAACUCCCUUUUUUGUUCAGGAUAAUCGUGCUGGAUCAGAGUGACUUGUCAGACUGACCGGAAGUGGACCAUAGAUGGACUCCUGGCCUGCGUUUGAGCGUCCUGUUCGUGAGCUCCCUUCUUCCCUCAUCUUCAGUCACCAUUAGGGCAGUGGUUCCAUUGCUCACACUUUGUUCAGCUGCCACGAUAGACAGAACGACUUGUUUGUUUGCAGCACAUUUAACCAUUUGUUUUCAGUCAGAUUUCUGAAAAGUAAAUGGUAGUUUUGAUUGUAAAGCUUUCUCAUUGUGCCCAGAAUGGCGUUUGGUUUUUUCGUAUAAAUUUUCAAACACUUCAACUCCUGUUAUGUAAUAAAAUGUUUCCUUUUAAUACCA